AUGGCCGCCUCAGAGGAUCCUGAGCCGUCCAAGUCGGUUUUGUCCAUGGUUAAGGGUUGGGGAAACUCAUCUCUCCCGCCCAUGGGACUGGCCACACUAGUGACGGCGCUGCACUGGCGGCCGCUGCAGGUGUUGCCCAUGCUAUUCGCGCCGCUGCUCAUGUUCAGUAGCUACCUGGGCGUGGCAGGGUUCAAGAAGGACGGGGCGGGCAUGACGGCGGCAUACAGCGGCAUGUACGUGCUACUGGCGGCGCGUCGGCGGCCAGCGUCGCUGCGGAACCGGUUCACCGUGCGGGGCGGCGUGCGCGCCGUUGCCAUGGGGCUGGGCGUAGUCAACUGCCUGGCCGGCGCGUACGUGUACGCAACGGCCGACCGAGCCGCCGAGGAGAAUGAGCGCCGCGAACUCAAUAAGUGGGGGGUGUACCAGGACGACGACAAAUGA